AGCCUUUUUUUCUCCCUUUGCUGUUGCAUCGCACGUGUCCAAGACUUCAAACACAUACACACCGGAAAGACAUCCUCACUCUUUGGAGACCUCAUUUACUUGCUCAGGAACGGUUGUCAAGCGGUUGUUGUCAGGGAGGCUGACAUCAGAGAUCACAUCCCUAUAGAUUAUAGCAUGCGGAUGUGUUCCUCAUCUGCAAAUGAGAUGGAGGACACCCAAAGGAAACCCCCCUCAGGGUGCUCAGCGUCAAUGACCCAGGUUGCCUAGCAUUGGCUGGGAUGGAUGAGAGGGAGAGAGAGCUUGCAAGGUUCCCCCCACCUCUCUUGCUUGAACUGGCUGCCUGGAAAACCAAACAGCUCUGUGUCACUUUGCUGCAGAGGAGGCAGAGCAAGAAGCAAAAGUGUGAGGUGUCAGAAUGGCUUUGGAGAGGUCUGAACUAGAGCUUCACCUGGUGCAAGAUGUCCAGCUGACCAAGUGCAUGAGGCUCCGAGUGCAAAGCCUCCAGCAGAAGAACGAGAAGCCGCAGGAUGGUGAGAAACUCCUACAGGCCAAUGAGUUUGUCUACCGGGUGGACUUCUCCCGCCAACAUGGCCUCCGUUUCAUGCGUUGGAAGGUCACAUUGGAGAAGCCAGGCCAGGUGACCGUCAUUGGCACCUCUCAGCACUGGACUCCGGACCUCACCAACCUCAUGCGGAGGCAGCUGCUGGAGCCGGUGGGAGUUUUCUGGAAGAAGCCAGGCUCCCAGGAAGUGGAAUGCAAUGAAGCCGAUGCUCUGGAGUUUGGAGAAAGGCUGGUGGAAUUAGCCAAAAUUCGAAAGGUCAUGUAUUUCCUCCUGGCCUAUACUGAGGGUCUCGAACCAGCUCACCUGAAGUGCUCAGUGAUGUUUGAAACCUGAAUUUGGACCUGUCUUGGUUUCCUUGCCUCUUCCUCCUGCUCAAGCCACCUGAGUUAUCUGCUUCCGUUUUCUGCUUUUUGGCUCUGCAGCUCCUAGGUUUGUUCUGAAGCUAGCCUACAGGUGCCAGUGUCCACAGGAAAUCAGGUUUAGGUUUUAGUCUGAAUCAUAAAGGAGCUAUCCAAGGAAGUAAUUUGAACUUUUGUAACUUUGAGAUUUCCGUUUCUUUGAAGUUUGCAAUAAUUCCCAGACCAGAUUAGAGUUACCAGGCAAGUUGAACUGCAUGGCUUAAAUACACAUCUAUUUCCACACUUCUCCUUCCUGGUUACCUAGCUUAAUUCCAACAACAGUUCAGAGGAAUGAAGAUGAAGCCUCCUUUAUGUCACAGGACAGCGAAAGGUGAUUUUUUAAAAAGUGCUUUAUCUUUUAUGGCUUCAAAGGCAGCCUGGCAGUUUUAGGGAUGCUUAAAUGCACUUAGCCAUAGCUAAGUGUUCUGAAGAAGAGGGAGACAGGUUUCAUUUUGAAGUUUUACAACAGCCGUCCCCUGCCUCACAUUCCAGAUUUCUGUAAUGCUGAAGGAAAAGAUCAUGGGGAAAUCAUGGAAGCCUAUCCUGCUGGACUGGAUGCAAAGAAAAUGUCUACAACAAUAAAAAUUUCUCCAACCAUUUUUUUUCCUCCUGGGAUCUGGGAAUCUACACAGCUUCAGGUAUUCUAGAAGGCAUAGAGUUCACCCUGGAUGAUGGAAUCCAGGACCUUUUGUGGAACCCCGGGGGUUUUUGGUUCCAUUCAAACAAGUUUCUAAUCCUUAUGGAUAAUAAGAGAAACCUGGGAAUAAAUAAUAAUUAAUGUAAGGAGCUAAAGGAAAACUUGGCUGGCAGAAUUUGUUGAGUCUGUUACCCAUAUUCACUCUAUCUGUAUGCUGUCAGAUUUUGUCUCCCUGUCCACUCCUAACUGGAGCACUUUAUUUGAUCAAAGUAUUAAAAUAUGUCCCCUGUCCCACCUUUUAUAAUCCUUAUGAAGUUACCACUGUUCUGCUAGCUGGGAAUUGCACAAAAACUGCUCAGUCUCCUGAUGGAUCUGUGACUGGGGUUGGAUUUGAACUCAGGUCCCACACAAAAUCUCUUCCACCAGGAUAAAUUAUUUUCCCACAUUAUUAAAACAAAAGAAUUGCAAAAGUUGAACCAAAGCCCAAUAAAUGUGAAGCUUUUUUGUGUGUAAAGUGGAGUUUUCUGCAGAAGACGUUUAUUCUCCUUGCUGAGUAGAAUGGAAAUGACUGCUUGAAACAUCUGGAUGUGAUAUUUUAUUUAUUUAUUUAUUUAUUUUGCAUAUGUCUCAGCAAACUUUCCAGGGUUUUGUCUAUAUCUACAUCUUAUUUCACAUGAGCCUUGGCUAUGUAAUCUUCUGCACUGUGGAUCUUCCAGUACUACUACUCUGGCUGAUUCAAAUGCACAUUAGUAUGAGUUCAUCUGUACUACAAAGUUAUAACUGUUUCAUACCGGUUUAACUGCCAUGGGUCCGUCAUCCAAAAUUCUGGGAUUAACAAUUAACAAAACCUUUGACAGUUAACAUUUUGCUAGCCUUCCUUUAAAAUAUUCUGCAUGCUGAUACUACUAAAAAGUUGCAGCUAGACAAAAGGACAGAAGCAAAUAAAGGUGGGGGGGAGAACAGGCACACACACACACACAUACGGUUUUCAUUUUUCAGAUCACAGCAGUAUCUCUGCAGAAAGCAAGUACAGGCGAUCCUCUCCAUUUGCAGCUUUAACUUUGGCGGAUUUGAUUAUUUACGAAAUUAAUUAAUAUGUUCUCUCUAGGAAUCUCUGGGUCCUCCAGCUCAACUGUGCCAGAAGUUGACAUAGAGUUACAUUGGAAGACCUAGAGAUUCCUAGAGAAAACACUUUUCUAGUCAUUUGUACAUCCUUCGGUGUGGUUCUGUAGUCAGCCUCCGCCGGAUAUUGACCACAGAGUUUCAGUGGAAGACUUAAGAGAUUCCUAGAGAGAG